UAGCAGCACACCACAGCAGUUUUGCACAAUGCCAUAAUGUAUCAGUUUAUAUUGACUUAUAAUUCUUAAAGCUUUUAUAACUUAUAACAGGAUUAGAAAAUGUAACCUCUACAGCAUUCACUGUGAAGGUCUUACCAAUGGAGGAAUCUGGUCCUGCUCCAGCCAAAGUCUCACCAAAAGGCACAGGAAGUAAAGCCAAGAGAUGCCACGCCUGCUCUUCCCAGAAAGACUGCAAAACCAGAACAUUGCCUGACAGUCGAGUGUUGGGUCAUUGUUAAACGCACUCAGCUUGGCGCAUCAGUUUCCUUUCAUCUUCACACUUUGCUUUAUUUUUCACAGAAAAAGCAUUGCAGCUGAACUGAUUACAGAAGAGAUGUUAUAGGUAAGUGAAGCUAAAUUAAACAUCUUCAUAUUACUGGCUAAUAUAAACAGCUUCAAACAAUCACUAUAGCACAGGACCGUGCAGGACUUUGUGCUGGGCAUGGGAGGCAAGGGCAUCAUUGGUGUUAUUCACUGCUUAUCAUACAUGCACAGAAAAUGCCCGGUGUUAAUGCAACACUAACUAGAAAAGACCUGAGCUGAGAAUGCAUUCAGUGCCGUAAAAACUCCCCCUUCCUGAUUUCCUCCAUUACUGCAUAUCUUUCACACUGAAUGGUUUCAGAUCUUUAGACAAAAUGUGAUAUUAGACAAAGGGAAUCUGAGUAAAUAUUUAAAUGAUUGUUUCAUUGAUUUAGUGAAAAAAGUUAUCAAACAAUGAAAAGUUGAAUAAAAAAGUAAUUGCCCCCUUAAAUUCAAUAACUGGUCUUACAGCAAUAAUUGCAACUAAGCACUUCCUAUAAUUUGAUAUCAGAGAUUUCCCUCAAGACAUCUGAAAUAAACUUCGAUAUAUCAACCUAGAUUUGUGUGUAGCUUUAACUACAUUGACCACAUCUGCAUUUAUUUCUAGUCUUAUUUUUUUCAUCAUCUCAAUGAACUCCUCACUUCCCUUUGCUGCUGUUUGGAUUGAGCUUAUUUCAUAAUACUGGAUUUUCUGUUUGUGGUUUGGCCUUAUUCUUACCAGCAACAGUAUUUACUCUAAAUGCCCAUCAAGACAACAGCAACAUUUUCAAUGUAUUUUCCAAUAGACCCGUUUACUUGCACUUGCACUUGCUGAAGCUUUUGUCUCCUCAUGAUUGAAAGAUAAUCACAAUUUGCAAGGACUCUUCAGAUUUCUGUACUUUAGUGAUGCAACAUGUCUUUUCUUGUUAUUAGUCUGGGUUGGCACCAUUGCUGAAAAACCAGGUGAGUUGUUCAGAUCACACCGUCUGCUAAAUUAAUGUAGUCUCAAUGCUUUCAGACAUGCAAAGAAUUACUUUCGGUUUACUUUUCUUGGAAGGGAAUUACCUGGUUUCUUUUACAUCGCCAACCUCACAUUUCUACAUUUUGUACAAGGUGCUUUGACUCUUCUUGCUGUAACUGUGAUAUUACAAAGGUUCAAAGAAGGGAAACCUGAUUGAUUCCAUGUAUAAAAGAUAAAAGUAAUGAGGACUUAAGAUGCUUAUUCUCUCUAAGCUUAGUAAAGGGAGACUUCGGGGUGAUUUGAUUGAGGCUUUUAAAUUCAUGAAAGGAAUUUACAAAGUGAACUACAGGCGAUUCUUCAGGGUGAGUUUGGUUAGCACAACGAGAGAGCAUUUAUGGAAAUUGGCCAAGGAUAAAUUCUUCACAGAUAUUACGAAGUAUUUUUUCACACAGGGAGUGGUCACUGUGUGGAGUAGCAUGCCAGGACAUGUAGUGGAGGCAGAAACACUGGGGGGGUUUUCAGGCUUGAUAAUGUGAGAUACUAUCUAGCUUUUAGGCAAACUAAGCAGUAGUUACACUUUAGUGUUUGGUAAAGGUGAGCAUUGCUGGGCUGAAUGGCCUGUUCUCAUCAUUGUGUUGUGUUGUGUUGUGUUGUGUGGUGUGGUGUUGUGGUGUGGUGUUGUGUUGUGUUGUGUUGUAUUUGCCCAGAGGGAUGCAGAUGGAGUGUCCCAAAAGCAGCAGUGAAUGUCGGCAGAAUGACAAAUUCUGCAGUGAAUGUGGCUACAAACUGUGCUCUGCAAGGAAACCUGUCCCAGGGUCGCAGGGGGGUUGGAGCCGAUCAUACAUUGGGCGAAAGGCAGGAAUACACCCUGGACAGGUCGCCAGUCCAUCGCAGGGUGCAGAUACUGAGAAUCAAGAGGAGACCACAGACAACCAAUCCCGUCUGGGCACAGAAUUAGCACCAGAGAAGACAUCCUCAUGCCUGGCCCAGUCCCAACCCUCCUCUGCUUGCCCACCUAAGUCAGAUGAAAAUAGAUGUUCAGCAGAUACUGAAAACAUGGAUGAGACCUUGAGUAAGGUCACCAAAGACACUGUGUGUAUUUCACAAGAAGAACAGGAGGAAACUGAAGACUCAGAGCAGAGUGUGAGUGUGUCUGAAGAUGAGACCAUCAGUAAAGGAACCAGCCUGGAGGAGCUGCUGAGAGACCUGGGACUGGAACACCACCUGACUCUUAGCCAGGUGCUGCAGAUUGAUGGAGAGACUUUAUCUGAUGAAAGCAUCCAGUCUCUCAAAUCUCUGCCAUGGUGUUUCCUGAGGAAGCUGAUGAUGGUAAAUGAGUCCUUUCGGAGAAUGAGCUGCUCCUCAGAACAGGACACAGAGCCCCAAAGCCUGGAUAGUUUACUGAACACCAUGAACAAUCCACAGGACCACAGCAACAGAAUCAACCCCCUUGACGUCAUAACUGCUGUAUUUCUCUGCUCAGAUGGUUUUCUCCAGCAGGAGAUGGCUUUGAAAAUGUCCAUGUGCCAGUUCUCUGUGCCUCUGCUGCUUCCUAAAUGUGAUACCCAGCAGUGUACUUUAAUGCUGUGGGCCAUGAGGGAUAUUGUGAAAACGUACAAGCCACACUCUUUGGAUGACCCAAGAGGGUUUGUGGAGGAGAGCAUUGUUCUGUCUGACCUCCCCAUGGUCUCUUUUGUGGGGCUGGGAAACAGCAGCAUGUCCAAGUCUCACAUUCUGAACCAAGUCCUCAGCAACUCUCAGCAGUACCACGACACCUUUGUUCACAAAAACAUGGAGUGUGGUGACACCCCAAGGAGGAUUUCCAAUGGGCUGGUGGAAAUCAGCUGGUAUCUGCCCAGUGGGAACAAAAACACUGACAUCUUCUCUGAGCCUCUGGCUAUAGCUAACCUCCGUGGGGACCUCAGAGACUUUGAAACUCAGUACGCUUUCCUCUGCCACACUUCGACUGCUAUAUUUGUGUUUUGCGAUGACUUUAAGUUUGAACAAAGAUUUCUGGACUCUGAGAACUUUAAAACUCAUUGGAUUUGAUCACCAAUUCACAGAGCCAGACCUUCAAUGAGGAUGACUUCAGGAAAUUUGUUUCUGAGACAAAACCCAGUGACAUCAUUAUAAAGCAUCCGGGAAGGAAUGAUGCAGAAUUCAACAAAAACCUGCGUUUGGCUAUCCGUGGAAUUUUAAAGGGAAACAUUAAAAUGAGCAUUGAAGUUCUGAGUUCCUCAGAAAACAAGGAGCUCAUUGCACAGUUGGACAAGGAGAUCUCCAGCUGCUCCUUGGGGACUGAGCACUUCCUGAGGGAAAUGGGUCAGCUGUACGAGUCGGCCUGCUCACUCCCUGAAGCCCUCACCCCAGAGAUUAAGCGCCUGCCACGUCUCUGUGCCAAGCUGCUACAGGAGGGCUUUCCUCUGGAGCUGGUGGAUGGAGACUCAAGCAAUAUUCCUCUGGAGUGGGUGACACAGGUUCUGAAAGAACUCCAUGAUCUCACUCAGGACAAAUGUAAGAUCCGGGUGAUCACUGUACUGGGGGUACAGAGCACUGGGAAGUCCACCCUCCUGAACACCAUGUUCGGGGUCCAGUUUGCUGUCAGUAGUGGCAGGUGCACCAGAGGGGCCUUCAUGCUCCUCAUCAGAGUGAAAGAGGAUUUUAAAGUGCGGCUUGGGUGUGAUUACAUCAUGAUUAUUGACACUGAAAGUUUGAAGGCACCACAGUUGGCACAGCUGGAUGACAGUCAUGAGCAUGAUAAUGAACUGGCCACUCUGGUGGUGGGGCUGAGUGACAUCACAGUUAUCAACAUCGCCAUGGAGAAUUCCAUGGAAAUGAACGAUAUCCUGCAGAUUGUGGUGCACGCCUUCCUGCGCAUGAAAGAAGUUGGGAGAAAACCCUGCUGUCAGUUUGUGCACCAGAAUGUGCCAGACAUUUCUGCCCAUGACAGUAACAUGAGAGACAGGAAGCUUCUGCUGGAGCAGCUGAAUGAGAUGACCCAAGCAGCAGCUAAGAUGGAAAAGAAGGGAAACAACAAAACAUUUACUGAUGUCAUGGAGUAUGAUGCAGAGAAAAACACCUGGUACAUCCCUGGGCUCUGGCAUGGGAACCCUCCCAUGGCCCCUGUCAAUGCUGGCUACAGUGAGUCUGUGGAUCUUUUCAAGAGCAAUGUGAUUGAGAAGUUUAUGGAACAAAAAUCUGGAAACAGCUCAGCACACACAAUCAUUGAGUUUCUUGAAUGGACCAAGAGCUUAUGGCAAGCAGUGAAGUAUGAGAACUUCAUCUUCAGUUUCCGCAACAGCCUUGUGGCUGAAGCUUAUGCUCAGCUUUGCACUGAGUUCAACCAAUGGGAUUGGGCCUUCAGGAAGAACAUGUACUCCUGGCUAAUGGAAGCUGAGACAAAGGUGUCAAACUUUGGCACAGAAGCAGAAUUUAAGAAUUUGGAUGAGUUACUGAUCCACCUGACAAAUGAGGCCUUUGUUGAACUGACUAAAGGGGAAACACUCAUUUUGGCCAACCUCACUGAAUUCUACAAGAGGCAAGAGGGACAUGUUAACUUGGUAGUGAAAUACAAGGAAAACUUGAACAUCACAGCCAAAACCAUCAGGAGGGAGACAGAGAACUCUGUGAAAAACAAGCUUGAGGCAGCGGUGGAGAUCAGAAAGGGUAUGUUCAGGUUAGAGAGCAUCAAGAACAAUCAAACGGCCACAAUAGAGAAAAAGGUGCAGGGGCUGAUUGAGAAAUGCAGGAAAAGUAAAGAUAUGUCAGAUCAACAGCUGGAGGAUGAAUUUGAGGAGAUGUGGGAUGAGACUGUAGCAGAGCUGCGCUUCCCUGGCAUGGAAGAACGAGACAUUGUGCAAAACAUCUACAACCAGCUGCGGGUUAACUUAGAGAUGAAAGGCAGCUCAAUUCGUGAAAAACUGUCAAAAGUUGGCAACUUGUCUGAAUAUGGAAGAGAGCCAUUCAAAGUGAAAAGUAAACAUUUGGGAUCAAAACAAUGCUUUUGGAAUGUAUCCUCAGGAAAGGAGCUGAAGGAGAUCCAGCAGGUAGUUGAUCACAUCAUUGAGCAGAGCAAGCAGUUUGUCGAUGAGAAAGUGAGAACAAGAUCUGAUUACCAUAAAACAUACACAAUGGAGUUGCUUUGCAUGGUAGACGAAAUCCUGGACAGGCACAGGAAUCAGGAAACAACUGCUGAAUUUCAGGCCAAGCUGAAGAUCCACAUCUGUGGACAUGCAGCACGGGAGUUUCAAAAAAUGCAUCUGGCUUUCAUCCAUGCUAAUGAUCCUCAUCACUGUCUGGAACAGUUCAAGCAACAGUACUACACAGAUUUUAAGGACUUGUUCAACAAAAGAGACCAGUGUCAGAAGAAAGCCAAUUAUUUCACUUCCAACUGUCUUCAACCUGCGGUGAAAGAAUGCAUCACCAAAACUCUGGGCCUUGACCUUGUGGAUGAAAUGUUAUCAGGGCAGAAUGCCUUUGCUUUCAGCACUCAAACCUUCUUCCACUUCACAAUCCUUGAGCAGCUGCUUAAGAAUGAUGACUUUCAGGACUUUGUGAGAUACAUUGAAAAUUACCAGGUCUUUGUACAUGACUGGAUAUUGGAGCUGAUGGUUAAGCAGUUCUCGGAGGGAGAUAGCCUCAGGAACAUUGAGAUGAACCGCCUGAAGGUGGUGGUUAGAAAAAUAAAGGAAGCCAUCAAGACCUCACAGAUGAAGGCAGCUGAACAGGCAGCAAGAAGGGGUGAGGAGACCCAGAACAUUCAGCAGUUCAUUCAGGAUAUCUGUAGUGACCUAGCGAAGGAGCUUAUCAUCCCUAAAGACCCCCUCAGAGCAGUCCUAGCCUUAAACACUGCCAAGCCAGAAGAUUUUUCCCGGUGUCUGCAGGUGUUCAUGGAUGAAAUGGAGCAGGCCUUUACCAGAGAGUUUCAGAAAGGUGGGGAUGUGAGGGCCAGGCUGACCUCACUGCCCUUUCAGCCACAGAAGGUGCUGUUUAACAGGGUGUUUGGCUGUGGGAGGCAGUGUCCCUUCUGCAAGACCCCCUGUGAAGCUGGUGGCAAGAGCCACACAGAGCACUUUGCUUCCAUUCACCGUCCUCAGGGCAUUGCAGGAUGGAGAAAUCGUGUAUCACAGAUAUUAGUGAGCAAUAUCUGCUCCACUAAUGUUGUCAGUGAGAAGCAGUUCAGGUUGACUGGAACAGAGGCAAAAUACCAUCCAUACAAGGACUAUCGGAGCAUUUACCCUGACUGGCUCAUCCAGCCUGACACCAGCAUCCAGGCCUCAGACUACUGGAAGUACGUCUUCAGCAAGUUUAACAAGCAGUUUGCAGAGGAAUAUAAAGCCAAGCCUGCUGAUAUUCCCCCCCAAUGGAGAUAUAUAACCCAGGAACAAGCCACGGAAAGUCUGAAGGAAUCCUUCCAGAUGAACAGGAGAUUAAAUUAAAUGUUUCAUACAGCCUAUAUGUCAUUAGGGCUGAAAUUGUUUCUUCUGAGUGGCAUUAAUAUCAAAUAGUCCUGCAGCCACCCCUGAGUCUUCUCUGGUUCUGUGAGACUUAAUCCCAUCAGCAGCUCAUUGUACUCAUAAAAUCAUAUUCAUACUAUAAAGUGAUAUUGCCUCUGUCCUUACCUAUGCAGCAUUUAUCUGUACAAAUCACCUCCAUAUUAAAGAAGAUUUUAUUUCUUUCUUUCUUUGUUUUUUUUUUACAAAAAUCCAAAUAUGUCUUCUAUCGCUUAAAUCAUUCUUAUAAUUAAAGUACAUGAACUUCAUGUGUCAUUGGCAAUUAUCAGCUCUACAUCACUUCUUGCUUAGGUGUUCAUUACUUCCUGCCUUGUUGAUCUGUUAUAUGUUAGAUAAUCAUCACUUUAUGUUAUAUGUCACUAUUAUGACAAUAUCUUUCCAUUUAUAAAACUGAAUUGAAACUUUGUUUUUCAUCUUUGUAAAACUAAUGAAUUUCUCCAGACACAUUGACAUUCUCACAUUAAAAAUAAACCUUUCAUUGGAUUUGA